GUGUGUGCGCGCGUGGGGGAACUUUUUCUACGAUGGCACCUGUGGUCUCGACUUGUGACGUCAGCCGGAAGAGGAGGAGCCUAAGUGUUUUCGCUCCACAGUGUAAAAGCGACUCUGAUCCCAGGCAGAUCAAUACGCAGCGUAUUAACAUUGGAUUACUAAUGGAGGCGGCUGGUGUGUGUGAACUUGAUGUGGCGUCCAGAAGAAUAGUCGGAGGCAAUGAUUCACCGCCUGAGCUGGACAGCCCCUGCCAGGAGGAUGCUGGUGAGUUCAGCCUGGGGGUCUGCUGCUCCAAGGAGCUGAGGGGGGAGACCCCGGGAAGAGAGGACAGUCCGAGCGACCUGGGGGAGCCCGAGCUGGACCCAGGAGGAGAUGCCAAGACCAGGGACGAGAAGGGCUUUGGUAAAGAAGCCAUCCUGCUGAUGCAGGCCCUGAACUCACUGGCCACGCCAGAGGAGAAACUAGCCGCCUUAUGCAAGAAGUACGCUGACCUGCUGGAGGAGAGCCGCUGCAUCCAGAAGCAGGUGAAGGUGCUGCAGAAGAAGCAGUCCCAGAUAGUGAAGGAGAAGCUGCACCUGCAGGGCGAACACAGCAAGGCCAUCCUGGCGCGCAGCAAGCUGGAGAGCCUGUGUCGGGAGCUGCAGAGGCACAACAAGACACUGAAGGAGGAGAACGGCCAGCGCUCCCGGGAGUACGACGAGCAGCGCAAGGAGGCCAUGCAGCACUUCCAGCUGACCCUGAACGACAUCGAGAUGCAGAUGGAGCAGCACAGCUCCCACAACGGCAAGCUGCGGCAGGAGAACAUGGAGCUGGCCGACAAGCUGAAGAAGCUCAUCGAGCAGUACGAGCUCCGCGAGGAGCACAUUGAUAAAGUGUUCAAGCACAAGGAGGUCCAGCAGCAGCUGAUGGACGCCAAGCUGCAGAGAAUCACAGAGAUGAUGAGGGAAGUGGAGGAGAAACAGCAGAGGGAGAGAGACUUUCUGCUGAAGGAUGCCACCGAAUCCAGACACAAGUGUGAGCUGAUGAGGGAGCAGGAGACCCAGCUCAAGCAGCAGCUUUCUUUGUACAUGGACAAGUUUGAAGAGUUCCAGAGCACGCUGGCCAAAAGCAAUGAGGUGUUCACAACGUUCAGACAAGAGAUGGAGAAGAUGACCAAGAAGAUCAAGAAACUGGAAAAGGAGACCACCCAAUGGAGGAACAAAUGGGAGAGCAACAACCACGCCCUGCUGCACAUGGCCGAGGAGAAAACCCUGCGUGACGGCCACUUCAAGGCCCUGCAGGGGAAGCUGGAGCUCCUGGAGAGGCUGUGCCGCGCGCUGCAGAAGGAGAGGAACGACCUCAACACCCGCAUCGGCGUCCUGCAGGAGGAGCAGGGCGGCGAGGACGUCUCCACGCUGCCCGAGCCCAUCCCCGUGGAGGUCAUCCCCGUGGAGGCCACCCCCGUUGAGGCAAUCCCCGUGGAGGCAAUCCCCGUGGAAGCAAUCCCCGUGGAGGCCAGCCCCACCGAGCCCUCUGCCGGGGGGGACGAGGACGCUGCGGCCGAGGACACGCUGGAGAGCCGGGCACCUGGCCUCGGGGAAGGGGAAGGGGAGGAGGAAGCUCCCUGCCCAACGUCCGGGCCUCUUGGACUGGAGGAACAGCAGCAGGGACCCCCAGCGGAUGGAUCGGCCACAGCGGAUGGAACGGAUACUACUGCCGCGGGCGUCCACACUGCGGCAACACAGCAAGCACAGGACUGAGGGGCUGGUCUGUGUGUGAAGGAGGGGGGGGCGGGGGGAGCAGUGUAAUACCAUGGGUCCCUUUCAAAUCUGCUACCUAGCUGGUUAAACACCAGAUCUUCAGUUGAGUUAUUCACUCGUUUGGUUAGGUUUGUCCCUAGAACUUGCAUUCUCCAUGUUCCCUCGGAGGGAACCUUUGGUUUUUUUUUCAGAUUUUUUUUUUUUUUGUAGCAUUUUAAGAGUAAAGCAAUUGCAUCAGUUAUUCUUUUCCAUUUCUUUGUCCCCCGGCUUUCCGUUGGUUUAAGAUAAUUAGCUUUGUAGCAAGCACUUGGUACCUCCUGAUUUCUAUUAUUUUUUCACUCUACCGUAUUUUCCUAGGACUCUGUGGCAGCCGGAGGGAAGCUGCACUUAGAUUCUUACGCUAAUCAGCAUUGUAUUUUUUUCAUAUUUUCUUAGGGUCUUUUGGACAACUAUAGUCAUGAUUAUAAUUUGGUUGUUUUGUUUGAGGGGGAUUUCCAUUACAAGUGUAGCCAGUCUUUUUCUAAUAUGUAUAAUCCUGAGGGAAAUUGCGCCAUGUAGCAUUUACAGAAUUUCCCCCUGGUUCAUGGUAGAGCCGGGUUUAUUUUCAUCAAAAAUCACCACAGGCUACCGCUUCCCCCCCACCACUCAGACUAUUUUUCCAAUACUUCAGUCUUUGUGUGUGUGUAUGUUUGUGUGUCUGCCAUCAGGGCAAAUUACACUCUGAGUUUCCAUCAUUGUGUGAAUGCAAUUCCAAUCAGCCUUGGUAAAACACGGUAAUAUAAAAUGUCAAGGGCUAAAGUUUAACAUUCCCCAUGGUGUCCCCCACUGCAGACACUUGAUCUAGGCUUUCUGGACCUGGGUGCUGCUUGUGGUUCUGAACCCGUUUUUAGUGUUGUCUGUUCAGGAUGGCUCCCAACGUGUGAAUCCCUCGAACUCGAUGCAGAGUUAGCAUCUUAAAAAAAAAAUUAAGAAAAAAAAAAGAGUUUUAAGGCAAUAUCGCAAGCUAACUCCAGUGGAGGACAUGGUGUAUCUCAUGUGAGGCUGGGUCCUUGGGCGUCUCGUCUUUAGUCCCCGUCAGGCCUCAUGCAGCUCCAACGUCGGUCGGGAUUGUUAACGGAAGGCCGAACCCCCAAUGACAUGGCGGCCUCGUUCUGAAAGCUGAUGGCGGGCUUUCGGUUCUCCUUCUAUUGUUUGCUCGGUCGCUGAAGCGCCAUGUGUUGUCCUCUUGUUUGGGAGUCAUUUUUCAAGCCCCAUUCCCCGCCCCAGAGUGAGAGAUUAACCGUCUGUGCCUUUCUGCCAGUUAUUGUAAACCUGUUGUGUUAACCUUUCUCUCAUGCUCAACUGCGUCAUUUGUUCAUUCCUGCCGGACUGAACAGUAUAUGUAGGUACUGGGCAAAGGGAGAAGGAAAAGAAUGUAUGUCGGACAUCUACGGAAAGUAUUAGAAUAAAUAUAAUCUGGUUCAAAACAUAUUUUAUAUCUGACGAGGCAGCUUUGUCACCAUUGAUAUUUAUACUGAGGGAAAGCAGAGUGUGGAUCUUUCUUUACUUCAAAUUAGUAUCAAAAUCAAAGUUUUUAUAGGAUUUAUUAUAGGCCGGAGUGGUUGAUUGUUUUUCGUAGAGAAACUAUUAUUAUGGGGAACCUUUUUGACAGAUAUUUGGUGAAUGUAAGACCAUGCAGUUCGAAUCAGGGUUCGAUUUCAGUGAAUGUCUGGUUAUGUCCGAGACACUGGUCAGUUAUAAAGGGACAUCACCAGUUUCCAAAUAACCGGUCCUGUAUGGAAGUCUGGAUGCUAAAGAUUGAGAUGCCUAGUUUUAAACAUAAUGGGCCCACCACAUAUUUUACUGGCCUCUCCUCUGGUAGAGCAUGCAUUCCCCGAAGAACGCAACCCCUUUCAUGAGGUUUCAAUCCAAUCAAUGCUUCUGCAACAUAAAGCUAUGCACCUGAGAAGAGCCAGUCUCCCAAACACUCAACAUAGCUCAACUGUUAGCCAGAAUGCCUACAUCCAAUUACUGUUUCAGACAUUCCAAAACGGCUCCCCAGUUUGCACUUAGUAAGACCAACCCACAAUGUUUGAUUAAAGUUUUAUUCAAGCACAGUAUUUUUAUCAUGUUCAUGAUCCUGAGUGAUCACCCAUUAGGACUUUUCAUGUAUCAUGUCUGCAGAUGAAUGCUCCCAGGGCUACAUGUUGAGUGUGCUUAUACACUUCAGGAAUAUAGGAGGUGACGCUGAUUAAACGGGUUAAGAUUGUUGCAGUUUCCCCAACCACUAGUUCACUUGUUUUAUUUGAAUUGAUUUAUCACCGGUAGUUACCUUCCUUCUAAAAUCAACCUGUUUGUACUACCUGUGAAAUAGGAAUGGCUACUACCGUUUUUGUAUUGCAGUGCGUCCCCCAGCUCAUUUGCUUCAUUACUUCUCAAACUGCAGCAGUUUAUCCCUGUAGGAUGUAAGCUACAUACCUGGUUAGUUGUUUGAACCAACUCAUCUCUGGAGAUACUUUUUGAUUUGGAAGUGUAGUCGUUCAUCGUUGGUUAUUUAAAUGAACACGUUCAACAGGUCUGAUGUCUGAAUUGGUAACGAUCAGACUUAAAGGAUUGGAUGUCGUAACUCCCAACGUGCAAUCAUGAAAAAUGUUGUCUUCGUUUGACCUCUGGUCUUUAAAAACAUUCCCUGCAAAGUUAAUUAGUUCCACCUCUUCUGUUGGUUAAGAAAUUGAGUUGAUGGGCAAGUUUUUCUUUUGGCAUUUACCUAGGAGGGCCAUUCUUUUAUUUUGGAAGUAGGAUAAGACGUUUGAACGUUAAAUGUAUCCUGGUACAAAAAAAUGGGGAUUGUCUUUUUGAAAAAGGGGUUUAUUUUGGCAUCCAUCUUCCUUUGUCCCAGAUUGACUCUCAGGUAAAGUCGGAAUCUACCUCUGCAGGCGAGAUGCAACUGUGAACAAGGAGGCUCAACUCACCAUGGCUUCAGAAAGCUUUAUUUUAUUUAAUUAAAAAAAAGAAAACGGAAAAUUGUCAAACCCCUCCCACCCCACUUUCACUACUCACAUGGAGAUUGUACAAUGUUCUUAUAGUCUUGUCUUGCUUUUCAAUAAACAUUUUGUAGAAUUUGCAAUCGUGGAUUUAUUUUCAUCUUGUAACAUUUAAGGGGCUUUGUAGAAACAGACAAGUGCUGCAUUUAUGCAUCGGCAUCCCUUAAAUUUCUCUAUGA